AACGCAAAGAAAAUCCUUUUAGUUUGGGAUUUCCGUUUUUGUCUGACGACCGAUYCUAUUUCACAUCGUAACUUGUUUAAUCCUCUUAUUUUCAUCACUUGGUCGUAUCCUCGCAUGACAAGUUGUAUUAAUCUAAGGAAAACCAGUUGAACCGUAUGUUGAUCUGAAGAGCGAGAUAUAGCAAACUGACUCUAGRAGGUCGCGUUGUUUGUCUAUCAGUAUACUGAAGACCGUGUUCAUUUGCAAUAGAUGUGGUGGUGAAAUGAACGGCAGAAAAAGAAAGCAGGGUGACCAAGCACAAGUUCGAAGAGAUACGUCUUGGUAUUACAACUUUUCUGAGCCGAUCGAGGACACCAAAGCGGAUACGAGAAUCAACAUUCUAGAGAUCUACAUCAAUGGCAAAGAGAAUAACCCGUUAGAGCGGUGUGGAGAUCACUCACCCUUGUUCACAAGGCGAAGAGAUCGCUGCUGUUUCUGUUGYUUUUGUUGCGCAUUCGAGUGUCCAGGAAGUAGGGGUCGCGUAGGAAACAUGGAACAAGCAAGUCGUUACAACCCCAGGCCAAGUACCGAAGAAGUACAAGAAUGGGCGAAAUCGUUUGAGAAGUUACUCAGCAGCAAAAGUGGUAUCAAACUUUUCCAUGAUUUCCUGAAGAGCGAAUAUGCAGAAGAAAACCUCCUAUUCUGGCUGGCAGUUGAAAAACUUAAAAAAGAGACAGAACCAGGCAAUAUUAAAAAUCUAGCACAAAUGAUCUAUAAUGACUAUGUGUCUACAGAAUCGCCCAAAGAGGUAAGCAUUGACCACAAGACAAGACAAGUAAUAGACAACGAAAUUGCUCAUCAGCCAACCCAGUUUACCUUCGACAAGGCACAACAACAUGUUUACUAUGUCAUGUUUCAGGACUGUUACCCUCGAUUUUUAGUCUCUGCUGCAAUGAAAGAUUUGUUGAAUGGAAAUCAAUAACAGAUCGGACGAUGCUUUUGUCUCUCGUUUGACUUACUAAUUUUACUGAUGUAAAUUAAUUUUGCAUUUUGAAAACCUCAUGGGAUAAAUAUUAAGUAAAUUUUCAAAGACUGGUAAGUAACUGCAUGGAAUUGUGGGAAUGUUUGGGUUGCCAACGCAGUCCCAUGUCCAGUCACAUAGAUGCAUGUCCCUUAGAUCAGCUCAAUAUUCCACGCAGGAAGGAGUUCGUUACCUUAUGCGAUGACGUCCACCUAUUGUAAAGAGUUGUCGCAUACAAAAGUAUCCAACUUGCGGUUCAGGGGAACUAGCAAUUUACCGUUAAGCUGAUGUUACACGGGGGAUAACAUAUAACAUGCCACGUACGACAAUUUUUGGAUUCGGCAACGCGUUGCAAGUUUUCGAUUCAGCUUCAAAAACUCGCGACGCAGAAAGGUGAAUUUUUUAAAAGUAGAUUCGUGUAACGUCAUCGACGAUUUUUAACGCAACGCACACCCAAAAUGCAGUUCAAUACUCUUUUAGAAGCGAGGCGAUGUCAGCAAUAAAAGAUGGCCGAGCUUUGACAAUGGACGACGAGCUCUUUGCGCGAGGACUGGUGACGAUGUUGUUCUUUUAAAAGUCGUCCCGUGUAACAUGUUGAUUUUUGAACGAACGCUGCGCAAAAAGUUGACUCUUGCAACACGUAUUAAAAAUCGACGAGUCGUAUCGCUAAAAAUCGUCGUUGCGAAUCGUCCCGUGUAACAUCAGCUUUAAUAUUUGAUUAUUUUUGCCAAGUCUCGCUUUAAUGGUAUUUGUGAGCAAGCAGGCAGCAAAACGCGUCAAAAUUAAUUAUAAAACUAGCAAUUGCAAAAUGCACUUACGAAUUCUAAGUCUAGUCCAUUGAGAGCAGUGUUAUUGACUCUGUUUGUUGGAAAGUCUAGCGUUCUCCUAGGCAACCAACCGCUGGACUCAUUGAAUUAGAGGGGAGGGUUACAAAUGUUCACUAUAAAUAAUAUAAAUGUAGUUAUUUCUCGAUGUUGUGAAAAGAUAAUAAUAAAUAAUUAUGGUACGAGGUUAAAGUUGACCAAUUUUUGAAACUCGAUAUAUAUAUAUAUAUUAUAACAAAAUAUCGUGAUUUCUUACAGAUUAGUGGCGAGACACCAACAAAUCACGAUAUUUUUUUGUUAUAAUCGAGUUCAAAAAUUGGUUUAACAUUUGCCAAGAAAGUGAGCCAUGUUGACAAAUGCAACAUAAAGGCGCAUAAGCAGACUAUUAUUUACCGCUUACCGUAAUGCGCAUCAUUUGUAGGCAGAUAUCUCGACCAACCAUAAAGGGGGAAAUGAUUUGAAUGAUAAUGAGUCAUAUUUCUUGAAUAUUGAAUACUUUUACUAUAUGUAAUCAUUAGUGUAGGUAGRUGCAAGUUAGAUACGGAUCUCUUUCUAGGAUGUAGGAAGAACCAUCCUAAGAUUCUACCCCCCUAACCCCCCUCCCCUGCUAUUACAUUCAUGUUUAAUAUUAAUCUAGUUUUUGCAUUCGUGGUAAUUUUUAGUAAUGAYAUAACAAACGUUUUACUUUUGGGUUCCAGUGCUACUGACAGCUAACAAAGCCAUUUUCAGCACUGUAUCUUCUUGAUUACUGUUUGCAUUAGAGUGCAAACAAUUAAUCCGUGAAACACUAAUUACUAAAUAGUACAAAAUAGUGYUAAUUAAACAAUAGAAAACAAUGGAAUUUGCAUGAAAUUGUGCUAUUUAGUAUUACUAAAGUUUCACGGUUAUAUCGUUUGCACUMUAUCUUUCUAUUCACCUAACUUUAAAUAAAUAUUGAUUUUGUAAAAGUUUUAAUUUUUUAUUUAUUUGA